AGCAGUGAAUCCCCGGAGAAGCUGUUGCAGAUGUAAAGGCUCAAACUGCAUCAUCAAGGAUAGAGAAGUUCAUGCUGAGGUUUCCUGGGGCGAAAAGCACAUCGACAGCGUCAGCUACAGAGAGAGAGAGAGAGAGAGAGAGAGAGAGAGAGGGUUGAAAGUUUGCAACAUGGAGUGUCUCGGCUGUAACUGCUCUGCCCUGUUCUGUCAAGUUGAAGUUAGCUACACAAAAGUUUUGCCCUGAGAGCAGACACUUGAGUUUUCCGGUGCCAACCUCAAGCUCAGACCCCAAAAGAAAGAUAAGAGCCAAACAAAAUUAGCAGAGCAGCAGAGCAGACCUGUUUAAAUGAGCUGAGUUAAACACAUGCAACGACACGGAGGGAGAGGGAGUAGCCGAGGUUAGACAGGAAGUCUGAGUGAGAAGUGAGUUAGCCACCUGUGAGCUUCACAUGAACAGUGCUCAGUGACAGAGGACGUGGAGGUUGAAGCUUUUGGAACUCUGCAGGGUCCAGAUGGCGUACAGUUCAGGGGGCAGAGCCGAGGAGCUGCCACCAGCUCUGCCUGUCAAACAGCACAGGAGUCGGAGUCGCUCCAGCGCGGACUCUUCCCUCCUCAGCCCCGUGGGACUGCAGCAUCAGAACUACGACGACGUCUUCUCUGAGCCCACUGACUGUCAUGCAGAUCAGUGCCCCAUACACAAGCGCUACGAUCCCUUUCGACACCAGGAGAGAUAUUUCUCAGACGUCCACCCCCCGCCUGUUCCAAAGAAGAGGCUAAAUCGCACCCUCUCCCUCCCUGGAACCAACACGACCCCGCUGUGUCCCUGGUCUCCUAUGUCUCCCCUGCAAAGACACCCUCAAAACUUUGACAACCCUGUGUACAUGCUGGCUCCCGCACCCCUCCGCUACUUCCAUCAGGAGAUAGACGAGGUCACAAAAGUCAGAAGGAGUGUGGCUCCUUUGCUCUCCUUCUCCCAGCUGUCCUUUGACUCCCCGGACGAACAUCUGCCAAACCUCUUCAGCAGCCUCGAUGACCAGAGGGUUGUUUCUCAGGGGAUCCUGCAUCGCCAUCUUCUCUUUCUGAGAAGCAUGGCGCAGAGAGUAGAGGCCGGCAUCCUGCUGCGAGUAGAGGCCUCAGAGAAGGACGUCAGCUCAUACCAGCCUCAGGAUUUCCUGCUUGCUGAGGACAGCCAGCCAAAGCAGAUAGGAGAGUGUGUUUACUACAGACUGCACAGCCACAGGUUUCCAGGGAGGGAGCUCGGUUUAAAGGUGCACAAACACGCACACGAAGCACCCACCCAGCAGCAACUGUCACAUGUCAACGUGCAGAGUGUGGUCGCUUGUUUCACACCCAGCAGCAUCCUGAAGAACGACUCCAGCACCCGACAACCUCAAGAUCCCUCCACUCCUUCUAUAUCAGAAUGCGCUGCUGCUGAAACACCAGGCGGAGGCAGCACUGAGUAUUCCACAGAUCCCAUAAUGAUGAAUGUGAGCUCAGUUCAGUGUUUCCUGCAGAGAGGACACUCAGUGAGCGUUGAGAGGGAUCUGCCACACGUCACUCUGGAGGACUUUGUCCAGGAGAGCCGCUGCCUGCAGAGCGCAGAGCGUUUGCUCUAUGACAGACAGGUGUGUGUCCUGUUGCUGCAGAUAAUAACAGGUGCAAAGCAUCUCUACAACAUUGGGGCCACGGCAGCCGAGCUCAGACCCCAGGAGAUCUUUCUGGUGUGGCCCUGCGGGGCGAGGGACGAGACAGAAAACAAGCUCGAUGGUUCUUCUGAAGCCAGGAGAAGUUUGAAGACCAGCAGGUUGAAAGAAGAGAGGGAGUGGGAAACCCUGGAGGGAAAGGGCAGGAUCCAGAUGUUAUGGAGGAGACAAGGUUCCCCUCGAGUGGUGUUAAACCCGCACUCUGUGUCUCACCCUGUUUCCUCCAUAAACUCACAGAUUGGUGCCCUGUUGCAGUUCUGCUUGUCCUCACAAGAGAGCUCGGCAUCAAGUCUCUCCACGUCCUCAUACAGACGGGCUCUUCUUCAUCUGUCCUCUCUGCUCCAGAAUGGGAGCAGCGGGCCUCAGCUAGCCGACAUGGUGGCCCUGCUUCAGGUGCUCCUCUGGGGGCCCCAGGUCCCACUCCUCAAUCACAGCGGCCCCACCACAGCAGGAGCUGUACACAACUGGCUGACGAUCAAACGGGCGCUGCUGGUGAUGAAGCUGGCGGAGAGAGGGUUGAUCCAGGAUCAGUCCGCGCUGGACUGGGAGGAGUGCAUGUGUCUGCAGUACCUGUCAUUCACAGACCCUGAGGCAGUUGUGAGUGUGACCAGUCAGGUGGGGCUCACUUUGACGAUGGACUGACAUGUACAGGCACUCCAUGUUCAAAUGAGAUGGUUCCUUAAAUCACUCCUGGGUAUUAUUAUUAUUAUUAUUAUUAUUAUAAUAGUUAAAGGAAAAGCCAAUUCCUUCCAUGCUCCUUUCAGUAUCGAUCUUUAUGUGGAAAGUGCUUCACUUUGAAUGUUUACCUCCACCAAGGAGGUUAUGAUUUCAUUCUGUCUGUUUUUUUGGUCUGUCAGCUAGAUUUCUCAAGAACGAAUCAGAUUUCCAUGAAAUUCUGUGGAAGGUCUGGCCAUGACACAAAGAAGAAGUAAAUGGGCCUGAUCAAGAGAUAGGGUUACAACCCUUUUUUUAGCCUGGGCUGUAAUAUGAAUAAUGAAAUACCCUGAAGAUGAAUGUCUUUCUCUGCUUUCAAUCAGUUUUGGUUAUUUCACAAGAUAAUUGUGCAUUUUUUUUUGUGCUGUUUGCAAAGACUGGAAAUUAAGGACUCUCGAAAAAUAAAUCCCCACGAUGAUUUCAUUUUGAAUGUGACUGUUCAACACUGCCCGAGGAUAAACACGUACAGGCUGAGUCAGAGACAUUUUGAAAUCAAAGCUUAACACGUACCUCUGUGAUACUGCAUUCCCUGAUUUGACCUAACUCUAGUGUCAUGUUCACACAUUUAGUCUUUUGAUUAUUGUAUUUUUUAUAUUUUUACUUGUUUUUCAUUCUUGAAGCACUUUGUCUUGAGAAGUGCUUCACCAAUAUAGAGAUGUAUUGUCCCAAACCCCUAAAAAAGAAUUAUGGCAGUUUUAUAAAUAAUACGUAAGGGCUUUGAUAAACUUGCCUUUCUAAA